GUGUGCGGUUGUCUCACAAUCAGAGAGGGGGAGAAGAGGAAGAGAAGAGGAAGAGAAGAGGAAGAGAAGAGGAAGAGAAGAGGAAGAGAAGAGGCACUCUGUCGGGAAGUAGACACCCUCUCAGAAGGAGGUGUGACCACCAAGUGUAUUGAUCACAGCAGAAUCAGCUGAUUUGAACCCUCUUUGACUGAUUCGUGAAGUCUAAUCUCGCUGAUCCGAAGAGCUGACUCCUGAUUGGUUGAGUCUGAUUGACAACCUGAUUGAUUGGUCCCGUCGGCUGAUUGAUUGACAGUCGUUGGCUCCGGGGAUGAGCGGCUCCGGGGAGGUGGUGUGUGACGGCUGGCUGAGGAAGUCUCCCCCGGAGAAGAAGCUGCGUCGCUUUGCGUGGAAGAGGCGUUGGUUCGUGCUGCGGAGCGGUCGACUGAGCGGGGAACCGGACGUCCUGCAGUACUUCAAGAACCAGCAGUCGCGCCGGCCGAUCCGGACCAUCAACCUGAACCUGUGUGAACAGGUGGACGCCGGCCUGACGUUUCCGAAGAAGGAGCUGGAGAGCAGCUUCGUCUUCGACCUGAGGACGGAGGAGAGGACCUGGUACCUGGUGGCCGAGUCCGAGGAGGACAUGAACCGCUGGGUGUCCUCCAUCUGCCUGCUGUGUGGCUUCAACCCGACUGAUGACGUCCCGGAGAGACCUCCUGCCUCCGGCUCGUCCUCAGCCACUGAGGCGACCUUGGGCGUCGCCCUGGCAACAGGGUCAGUCCCGCCCCCCUACGACCCGGUGAGUGUCAGGAGCCUGGUGACCGGCGGCAACGCAGAAGAUUACCUGUGGUUGUCGCACUGCCAGAGUCACAUCAGUCCGCCUUUAGGUUCCUCCCUAUCUCUUGAAACCGACUACAACGACAACCCUCUUCCCUCCUCCUCCUCUUCCUCUUCCUCCUCUCCUUCCUUACUCCCCAACGGCCUCCCACCUCCAUCCUCCUCCUCCGGCUUUAGGACGGCUCCCUGGACGGCUGCCACCGUGACGGGCUCUUUGAGCCAGUCUCCGGAUGCCAGCAGCGUGACCUCUGACCUCCAGAGGCGAGGCGGCCGACCCCGUUGCCAACCCUCCCCUCAUCCCAGGAAGCACUCCCUGGACUUCCACCUGCGGCCCGUGGCGUUACCCUUCAGUCAUGACAGACACUCGGCCGCCCAUCCAAAUGCCCACUCAUACACCACCAGUGGUUACCAGGUCCCUCGUCCGGCGUCCACCACGCAACCACCACCCCUUCGCCGCCCAGCCUCCACCCCCAGUGUGGACUCCCUGACCCAGGCGGAGCUCCACGGCUCGACCGCGACUCCCCCUCCACGCCCGCCCAAGCCCCAGACCGCCCCGGGAGAGGGCCCGGCGGUGGGCACGUGGGCCGCCACGCUGCCCCGCCCCUCUUCGGAGCAAGAGAGGAGGGACGGGUGUCUGGAGGGAGGAGGUCUGCCGAGGAGCUACACCUUCACUGCGCCAGGACGCACGCCAACAGGUUGUGACUCUUUUCACGUCCCUCGGUCUCUGUCCGACAGAGCGAGCAUGUUCGAGUUCAGCGAGAGCUUCAACAGCUACUUUUUUAAUAAAGGCAUGGUACCUCUGGGUAGUGUUUGCUCUGAAGACGAUGAUGUGGACGAAAACUACGUUCCCAUGAGCGCCGCCACCACUGAGCCUCCUGUUGCCCCAAGGGUGCCUCCGCAUCCUCCCUCGGACCCCGCUGUCCAGAUCCAGGAGGCCAACUACAUCCCCAUGACCCCCCUCACCCCUUCCCUUCCCAUUCAUCCCAACCCUGCCGCAGGCGACCCGGCCUCCCUCGGGAGACAAGUGCCCCCGCCCGCCCACAUGGGUUUUCGGAACUCCCCCCUGACCCCCGUGGACCCCCUCACCCCGCCGCUCCGGAGGAACACCGUGAACGCUUCCGGUGGCGUGGAAGUGGAGGCGACGCCCCCUCCGAUCGACCGCAACCUGAAACCACAACGCCGAGUGAAACCAGCUCCUCUGGACAUCACUUCAGUGCAGCUGGACUGGCAGGAAGUCCCGCCCCCUGUACGCUCGCCUGUCACUCGAACCUUCACUCGGGAUCCGUCCAGUUGUCGGUCGGUCAGGCCGACCUCUGCUCACAGCUCGUCCCCGUCCUCCGACUCCGAUGACACCGACGACAGCUACGUCGCCAUGACGACGACCACCUCCAGCCUCAGUUUCAGCACCGGGGAGCCGUCUCUGAGGCUCAUGCUGCACCGGGCCUCAGAGGGCGGAGUCAGCAGCCCGAUGCUACGGCGAGUCAUAGGCGAUAAACAGGUGGAGUACCUGGACCUGGACCUCCACACCUGGCGAUCGACACCAACAAGACAGAAACGCUGCACGGCGGAAGGGGGAGGAGUCAGCAAGCACGCCGGAGCAGGCGAUGGGGGGCGCGCACGGGGCGAGCGUGCACGUGUGGACUACGUGGUGGUGGACCCCAAGAGAACCAAGGCCCUGAGGAGCACCAGGGAAGCGUGGCACGACGGGAGGAUGUCCACGGAGAAGGAGAAAUGCCAGAGCUAACUCACCUCCGGUUUCUUUACCUCCCGAAAGCCCCGUCUGACUCCUACGUUGACAUUUUUUAAACGUGUUCGCUGUAGAGGGAGUUUUUUUGUUUAUAGGAAUAAACGGGAAAUAAUGUGACAAUACAAUUAUCCACAGCUCCUUCAUCAACUUAUUUUUUAGGUAGCUUUAGCUGAAAUCCAGCUUUGCUAUUUUGAGAUUUUAUUUAAUUAACUCACGUCUCCCUCCACGGCAUAAGUGUAUGUGCAGAAAUAAGAACUUAUUUCAAAAGGUUUGAAACCACUUUGAACAUCGUGCUUCCUCCUGAGGUCGUGAACAAGAUGGUGGACCAAUCAGAUGUUCCGUUGAUUAAUAGUCUUGCGUAAUCAUCUCCGCGUCCUCGUGUGUAACUGAGUGAUUUAUUGAUUCUGUAAUAACAGUGACGACUAAAAUGAAUAAACUCUACACGUCGCUGUUUCAUCGAUUGUCUCCUUUCAACGCUCUCUUGGUAGUGUGUGUGUGUGUGUGUGUGUGUGUGUGUGUGUGUGUGUGUGUGUGUGUGUGUGUGUGUGUGUGUGUGUG